CUUUGUUUCCUAUUUUUUCCGUCUCCCGGGCUGGACUCGAUUUUAUACCGUUAUUCUCGUCUUUAUUUUCCCGCCCUACGAUAAGGGCGACGCCAAUGCUCUGAGAGCAUAUAGUUUCCUCACACAAGCGUAUCGACACCGACCGAUCACUUCAUCUCAAGUCUUUCUCCCUUUUUGAGACGGACCGUUCCAUAUUGGGACACCGUUAUUGGCUAGUGGUGUCCUGGCGGGAAACGUUCACCACCCAACCACCGUUCUUCUAGCGACAACCGCCACCUAGAGAACUCAAUUGCGCAAGCGCCCCCGUUACCCCCCCACUAGCCGCUCAAAUGUACUCCCAGCAAAGUGCAAACAUGGCGUCGCAGAAGCCCGAAACUUUCAUGUUGAGCGCCGAAGCUCAAAAGGCCCUGCCAGAUGACGCGCAACAAGCGCUACAAGAGGUUGAUCGCCUGAAAUUCUUCCUUAUGACCGCCCCUGUCGACUGGGACCACAGGCAAUACAUUCGCCGUUGCCUCCUCCCCACCGGCGAAUACGUUUCUUGUGUCCUCUGGAACACCCUCUUCCACAUCACUGGCACGGACAUCGUGCGAUGCCUUUCAUUUCGUUUCCAGGCCUUCGGCCGUCCUGUGAAGAACUCGAAGAAGUUUGAAGAGGGCAUCUUUUCGGACCUUAGAAACCUGAAGUCCGGUACCGAUGCAUCGCUCGAAGAACCUAAGAGCCCCUUUCUCGACUUCCUUUACAAGAAUAACUGCAUUCGCACGCAAAAGAAACAGAAGGUGUUUUACUGGUACAGUGUACCCCACGACAGACUCUUCCUCGACGCCCUGGAGCGAGACCUUAAGCGGGAGAAGAUGGGCCAAGAAGCCACCACUGUCGCGGUGAGCGAACCGGCUCUGUCGUUUCAAUACGACUCGUCUCAGUCUCUCUACGAGCAGCUCACCAAGGCUCAACAAGCAGCCUCUUCGUCCUUGGCCGCUCAACAGCCCUCUUCUUUUGCUCAGUCGCAGUCAACUUCACCCGUCGUGAGGGAAGUGGACUCGAUGCCCCCGCCGCAGAUGAUCCCUCAGUCGAUGCCGCAGUCGAUGCCUCAGUCGAUCCCUCAGUCGAUGCCCCUUCAGUCGAUGCCGCCGCCCAUGUCGAUGACGCCCCAGUCCAUGCACCCUUUAGGCGAUGGGAUGGACGCCAUGGUGUCGUACGAGACGAUGGCCAUGUCCCAGGCCAUGCCUCCUCAGCAGAUGGUCAAACGGGAGACUGAUUAUGGCCGUAUUCAGUACACCCAAAGCGGCAUCCCCGUCACUGCCGGUCACCACCAGAGACACGCCUCGAUGCCCGCAUACACCCUCGAGUAUUCACCUGCUCCCUCGUUUGUCUCUUCGCAAUUUGAAGACUACAGCAAUCGGGGCAUGUCCUUCGAGCCUAUCACACCUCCCCAGCAAAGCAUGGGACUUGCCGCCGAACCUGCCUACAUCGCCAACGAGGAGACCGGCCUCUACACCGCCAUCCCUGAUCAUCUGGGUGCGGGCAUGAAUGCGCUCAAUGGACUGAUUCUGCCGCCGUCAAAUUUCGCCGCGCCCCAAUUCUCGCGAGGCUAUGGUCCCGCCAAUGUCUACUCUGUGUACGAAGGAUCGCCGACGUACAAGCAGAGGAGACGGCGUUCGUCCAUCCCCCCAACUAUGGCAGGUGUCCCUGUGGCAGGGGGCCAGACACAGGCAGCCCCCUAUCGACCCUCGGACCUCCGUCGGUCUGUGUCUGCCUCUGUCGGACCUGUUGCAGAAUGCGAGGAGCAUGGCGAGAACUCUCCUCCUGGCCUUUCCUAUAGCACAGCCACGUCUGCCCGUUGUCACGAGCAGCACAAGGAUGUCGUCGAUUUGUCUCGACAUGGAACGCCUCUGUCCAAUAUGGAAGGCAGCCCGUCCAUGAACCCUAUGCCCAUCCAGCAGCACGAGUAUGCUCCACUGACGGCAGACAGCAUGGCGGGCGAAGGCGCCAUGGCCGCUGCUCCUCGGUCUGUGAUGCAAGCCCCCAGCGGCGCUGUGCGGCACCGAUCAACUUCCGUCAUGGAAGUUGGACCGUAUCCGCAGAAGUCACACACCUGUCCCAUCCCUACGUGCGGCCGUCUGUUCAAGCGCGUGGAGCAUCUCAAGAGGUACGUCCACCAGUUCACUCACAUCAACUCGUCUGGCAUCACGGUAUUCUGACCAACCGCAUCUAGACACGUGAGAACGCACACCCAGGAAAAGCCC